UUGUAUUUUUUUCUACUGGAUUACAAAUACUGAGCAUCUAAAAGAAAACUGCUUUGGAAAACUGAGUCUGAAAAUGGCUGCAAUGAAUACAAGACAAGCACAGACAUACAAUGGAAUCAGAUGGCAAGUAUUAUUCUCUUUCAUAUUUUCCUGGCUUUAUCAAUCAGCUUCUGCUCAGCUUCAUUAUUCUAUCUUUGAAGAAAUGAGAAAAGACUCUGUAAUAGCAAAUAUUGCAAAAGACAUCGGAUUAGAAGUGAAGGAGCUCUCAUUGAGAAAACCUCGAAUUGUUUCUCGUAUUUCAGAAAAAUAUUUUUAUGUAAAUUUGGAAAAUGGAAAUUUAUAUGUUAAAGACAGGAUAGAUAGAGAAGCACUGUGUGAAAUAUCAGAGUCUUGCUUCUUAAUGUUUGAUGCUGUGAUUGCAAAUCCCUUAAAUGUUUUCAGUGUAAAAAUUGAAAUUCAAGAUAUUAAUGAUAAUGCUCCAACAUUUUUACAAGAUGUCAUUAUUUUAGAUAUGAUUGAAUCUACUUUACUAGGUGCAAGAUUUCUUUUACAAAAUGCUCAAGACCCAGAUAUAGGUAUGAAUUCUGUACAAACAUACAAACUUAGUGAUAAUGAGUAUUUUACACUGAGUAUAAAGACAGGCAGUGAUGGUAGCAAAUUUCCUGAACUUGCAUUAGAAAAACCUUUAGAUCACGAGACACAAAAUAUUCAUGAAUUAAUAUUAACAGCCUUGGAUGGAGGAAAUCCUGUACAAUCUGGCACUGCUUUAAUCAAGAUAGUUGUUACUGAUAUCAAUGAUAAUAUCCCUGUAUUUACACAAGAAGUAUAUACAGUGAGCAUCAAUGAAAAUACUCCAAUCAACUCUACAGUACUUUGUGUAACUGCAACUGACAAAGAUGAAGGUUCUAAUGGACACAUCACAUAUUCAUUUAGUAAAAUUUCAGAAAAUGUUCUACUUAUUUUUAGCAUUGAUCCUACAAAUGGGAAAAUUACAAUUAAGGAAAACUUAGAUUUUGAGAUCACAAAAAAUUAUGAAAUGUCUGUUCAAGCAAAGGAUGGAGGAGGCCUAGUAACACAUUGUAAAGUUCUAAUAGAAAUAAUUGAUGUAAAUGACAAUUCUCCUGAGAUAUCUGUUACAUCAUUAUCUACACCAAUACCAGAGGAUUCUCUGCCAGGCACAGUGAUUGCACUAAUUGAAGUUCAUGAUCACGACUCAGGGGAAAAUGGUGAAGUUGACUGUCAUAUAAGAGGAGCAGUACCUUUUGAAUUAUUGCUGUCUUCAGGGAGGUACUACAAAAUAGUCACAGCACAAGCUAUGGACAGAGAGAAAGAAUCAAGUUAUAUUGUCUCUAUUUUAGCUGCUGACAGAGGAAUUCCUUCACUUUCUAGUGAGAUAAAUAUUAAUAUAGAAAUAUCAGAUGUUAAUGAUAAUCCACCAGUAUUUAUGAAACCAUCAUAUGAUCUCUAUAUACCAGAAAAUAACUUACCAGGAGCAUCAAUAUAUAGAAUAAAUGCUUUUGAUCCUGAUGCUGGAGACAACGCUAAAAUUGUUUAUUCCAUAUCUAAUACAAAUACAGAAGGUUUUCCUAUGAGCUCUUAUUUUUCUAUCAAUGUAGAGACAGGAGAUCUAUAUGCUCAGCAAUCAUUUGAUUAUGAGCAACACAAGGAUUUUCAAAUCCAAAUAGUGGCUAGAGACAAAGGAUCCCCAUUUCUAAGUAGCAAUGCAACAUUAAUUAUACAUAUAGUGGAUCAGAAUGAUAAUGCACCAAACAUCUUGUACCCUUCAACAGAAAGUGGUGGAUCAGGUGUGUUUGAAAUGGUUCCUCUUAAUUCUCAACAAGGCUCAUUGAUUUCUAAAAUUGUAGCAGUAGAUGCAGACACAGGACACAAUGCUUGGCUAUCCUAUCAUUUAAUACAAAUGUCAGAACCUUCUCACUUUACCAUUGAUCAGCACACUGGUGAAAUCAGGACAUCUCGUGUUUUUCAAGAGAAGGAUAUUUUGAAGGAGAAAAUGGUGGUUGUGGUCAAGGACAAUGGAAGUCCAUCUUUAUCAGCAACUGUUACUUUAAGCCUAGUUGUUACUGACAAUUUUCAACAGAUGAUUCCCAAACUCAGCAAUCAACUCACCAGUGAAGAGCCAAAAUCUAAUUUGCAAAUAUACUUAGUAGUAGCUCUGGCUUUGAUUUCCUUUUUAUUUUUAGUAACAGUUAUGUUGGUAAUAAUAACAAAGUGUAAAGAAUCGAAGUCUUCCACAUCCUUUGGAUCUUACAAUACAAACUUAUAUUCUCAAGUUGAUCCCAGAAUGCUUUCCAAAUAUAACAAUGGAACAUUGACGCUUCCCUACUCAUACAAUGUCUGUGUGGCUGUAGAUACAAGUGAGAAUGACUUCAGAUUUGUAAAGCCAGACCAAAACAUCACAAUAGACAACCUUAUUGAUGCUGAUGAUUCAGGGCUUGGAAAUGAAAAUUUAAACAAAAUAUUUCCUUCUAGUAGUCUUGAGCAGGUGAGCCUAAAACGAUGGGACUCCAAAGCAACAUCCGCUGCUUAA